AUGGAGGCAAAACAUAUCACUGUAGAAGAAGGCCAUAUCAGUGUUCUGAUUGUGGCAAAGCUUUUACAUCGAAGUCAAACUUUAUCAGACACCAGAAGAAUCACACUGGAGAGAAGCCAUAUCAGUGUUCUGAAUGUGAUAAAGCUUUUACACAGAAGUCAGGUCUUAUCAGACACCAGUGGGUUCACACUGGAGAGAAGCCAUAUCAGUGUUCUGAAUGUGAUAAAGCUUUUUACUCAGAGAAGUCAGAUCUUAUCAGACACCAGAGGAUUCACACUGGAGAGAAUCCAUAUCAGUGUUCUGAAUGUGGCAAAGCUUUUACACGGAAGUCAGAUCUUAUUAUACACCAGAGGAUUCACACUGGAGACAAGCCAAUAUCAGUGUUCUGAAUGUGAAAAAGCUUUUACUGAACACCAGAGGAUUCACACUGGAGAGAAGCCAUAUCAGUGUUCUGAUUGUGGCAAAGCUUUUACAUCAAAGUCAAAGCUUAUCACACACCAGAGGAUUCACACUGGAGAGAAGCCAUAUCAGUGUUCUGAAUGUGAUAAAGCUUUUACACAUAAAUCAGAUCUUAUCAGACACCAGAGGGUUCACACUGGAGAGAAGCCAUAUCAGUGUUCUGAAUGUGAUAAAGCUUUUACAGGGAAAUCAAAUCUUAUCAGACACCAGAGGAUUCACACUGGAGAGAAGCCAUAUCAGUGUUCUGAAUGUGGUAAAGCUUUGACAAAGAAAUCAGAUCUUAUCACACACCAGAGGAUUCACACUGGAGAGAAGCCAUAUCAGUGUUCUGAAUGUGACAAAGCUUUUGCAAAGAAGUCAUAUCUUAUCGCACACCAGAGGAUUCACACCGGGGGAGAAGCCAUAUCAGUGUUCUGA